AUGAGCGUGCCGGAGUUCAAAGACCUGGGCAAAUCAGCGAGAGACGUGUUCCGUACAGGUUAUCACUUCGACAAGGCGACGCUGAAGUUAUCGGGUGGACCGCGAGUGGUCGGCGUAGAGGCCGAUGCGUCUUUCGACCUAAAAACUUUCACGUGCGGCUUCCUGGGCAAGUACGAUGCGGAGAAGUACGGCGCGUUCAGGGUGAACUACACAAACAACGGUCUCGCGGUGGGCGAAUACCACCUGAAGGGAUUGCUCUCCGAGAGCGUCGAUGUGAACGCCGGGGUGUCGAUCAACCCAGCCGAAUCCUUCAACUCGUGCAGGCUCGGCGCCAAGUUUCACAACGCUCUGCUGCACGCGACGUGCUCCGUCACAAAGGACUUUGACAGAAACGUCGAGCUGGGCAGUUCGGGCGUGCUGAAACUGAGCAAUCUGUUUGUCGGAUACCAGGCGAGUUUCGACACCAACAGCUCGAAGAUCACCAAAAACGACGUUGGGCUCGCGGUCGAGCACGGGCCCGCCUCGCUGCAUUUCAGGUGUAUACAAAUUCCCCGGGAACUCGGCAUCAGCGUCUUUUACAGAGUGAACGACAAGGUGGACGUAGCGCUGGACGCGAAGACGGCUAGCGGCGACGAGGCGCGGCUGUGGUACGCGGGCGCUGGCCUGGCCUACCAGCUCGACGAGCAGUGCAAGCUGCGCAUGAAGCUCGACAAGAACUGCCAGCUCGCGACGAGCAUGCAGUUUCGCGCGCAGGACAACCUGCUGCUCACUCUGGGAUUCAGCCUCGACCUCGGCAGUCCCCGCAGCGGACAGCACAGAGUCGGCCUCGGCAUCGACGUCGAGGUGUAG